AGUGGUCGAGACACGAAGCAGAAAUGGAGCAGAAAGGAGUUCAUCUGGAUCAGGAAACAUUUUCCUGUUCCAUCUGUUUGGAUCUACUGAAGGAUCCGGUGACUAUUCCCUGUGGACACAGCUACUGUAUGAGCUGUAUUCAAACCCACUGGGAUGGAGAGGACGGGCAGAACCUCCACAGCUGCCCUCAGUGCAGACACACCUUCAUACCCAGGCCUGUCCUGGUCAAAAACACCCUGUUGGCAGUUUUAGUGGAACAGCUGAAGAAGACUGGACUUGGAGCUGCUGCAGCUGAUCACUGCUACGCUGGAGCUGAAGAUGUGGUCUGUGAUGUGUGCACUGGGAGGAAACUGAAAGCUGUCCAGUCCUGUCUGGUGUGUUUGGUCUCCUACUGCCACAAACACCUUCAGCCUCAUCAUGAAUCUGCCGCCUUUAAGAAACACAAGCUGGUGGAUCUGUCGGAGAAGCUCCAGGAGAACGUCUGCUCUUGUCACGAUGAGGUGAUGAAGAUGUUCUGCCGCACCGACGGUCAGUGUAUCUGUUAUCUGUGCUCUGUGGAAGAACAUAAAGGCCACGACACAGUGUCAUCUGCAGCAGAAAGGACUGAGAGGCAGAAGGAGCUGGAGCUGAGUCGACAGAAAAUCCAGCAGAGAAUCAAAGACAAACAGAAAGAUGUGAAGGCGCUUCAACAGGAGGCGGAGAACAUCAGCCGCUGCGCUGACGAAGCGGCGGAGAAGAACCGCAAGAUCCUGACCGAGCUGAUCCGACUCCUGGAGGAAAGAAGGAGCGAUGUGGAGCGGCAGAUCAGAUCCAAGGAGGAAACGGAAGUGAGUCGAGUCAAAGAGCUGGAGCGGAAGCUGGAGCAGGAGAUGACUGAGCUGAGGAGGAAAGACGCUGAGAUGGACAAACUGGCACAAACACACGACCACAACCAGUUUUUACUCCAGUAUCCAUCAGUGUCCACACUCAGAGAAGAUCCAGACUCAUCCCACGUCCACGUCCGUCCUCAGAGUUACUUUGAGGAUGUGACCACAGCUGUGUCAGAGCUCAGAGAGAAACUCCAGCUCAGUCUGACAGAAGAACGGACCAACAUCUCACUGAGCAUCAGUCAAACACAGGUUCUACUAGAACCAGAACCACAGACCAGAGCAGGAUUCUUACUAGAACCAGAACCACAGACCAGAGCAGGAUUCUUACUAGAACCAGAACCACAGACCAGAACAGGAUUCUUACGAUAUUCACGUAAAAUCACACUGGAUCCAAACACAGUGAAUGAAGAACUGUCACUGUCUAAGAAGAAUAAGAGAGGAACAUUUAUGAGUCGAAAACAGAACUAUCCUGAUCAUCCAGACAGAUUCAGUGACAAGUGGCAGGUCCUGAGCAGAGAGAGUCUGACUGGUCGAUGUUACUGGGAGGUGGAGUGGAGGGGGGUGCAGGUUGGGGUCGCAGUCGUAUAUAAGGACAUUAAGAGAAAAGGAGACUGUGAUGAAUGUGGAUUUGGAUGGAAUGACAAAUCUUGGGUUUUAUAUUCUAACUAUAACUCUCCUUCAUUUCUUCAUAACAGUGUUGAGUCUUCUGUCCCAGGUCCAGUUUCCUCCAGAAUCGGAGUCUACCUGGAUCACACAGCAGGUAUUCUGUCCUUCUACAGCGUCUCUGAAACCAUGACUCUGAUCCACAGAGUCCAGACCACAUUCACUAAACCUCUGUACGCUGGACUUUGGCUUUGGUGUUAUGGAUCCACUGCCCACUUUCCUAAACUCCAUUAAACUCAUCGUUGACUUUGAUCCGGUCGAUCAGAUCAGUCUUUUCGUAUCUGUCUCUAAACCACACGACACAAAAACAGAUCAACUUUUUAAAUUUUUCUUCCUGAACUCACAAUCCAGAUUUGGUCCCAUUCAGACUUUUUUGUGAGGAUUCUAAUAGUCCAGUGUGUGUGAGUGUCAACCAGCCAAUAGUGUGUUUGUUGACCCAUCUGUGAUGUUCACACAGCUGUCAUUAA